ACACACAGCCAAGCUGUCAUUCAUCAUUGUCACUUCUCAGUGUAGUGUACAUUUGUUAGAUGCAACAUUGCGCGUAUCUGGAGCAAAUUCCGUACACAAUUCAAUUCUUUAGAAAGAAAAGUGAGAAAAUCCAAAAUAAAAUCGAUUUAUUUCGGAAAAAGCUUCAAAAAUGAACAAUACCAAUGAAAAUAUGGCAUUCAAAAGUGUCCAUGUCACACAAAAUCAAAGUCAAUCGCGUGUUCUAGCAUCGCGUCAGAAUGAAUUGCGACUAUUGAAGCAUAGUUUGAAUCAUAUCAUGAAAAUGAAAGAAUUCAACAUUCUCAAAGAGUCGGUCAAGUCGUCCAACCAAAUGAUGAACACAGUCGGCUUGGCUGGGAUUGCGAGCAAAUUUGACAGCUACUCAAGCUGCAGCGAAUUUUUGGUGGACAUCAAAUUGCUAGCACAAAGCUACUCGAUUCAUUUUGCCAUGGAGCCUGGCGUCAAGAAUGUCGUCGACACUCUAACCGAAUUGUGUCAUCGCAAUGUCAAUAGCAUUAAAACGUGCGCAGAGUGCUUUGAACAUUGGCUGAAUGAUCCGAGCAAUUACUUCAUGAUGGUUUGCAGCCGACCACAUCUCAUCGUUUAUGCCAAGGUGGAAGGGUUCCCAUACUGGCCGUCGAAGGUUAUGUCGAUCAAAGGUAAUAUGGCCAAUGUGGCAUUCUUUGGCGAUCACACACAAGCCGAUGUUCCAGUGAACAAAUGCAUUUUGUACGCUAAAAGGAAUCCCAUUCAAAAUGCAAGGCCCAGUGAAUUUACCAGCGCUCUGCAGGAGCUGAAUGUCCACAUUAAGGAAAUCGAAAAAAGGUUUGGUUCGUUCUGUCCCGUUGACUCCAAGCUUCUGCUCGAUCCGCAAGUCAUGGAACGACAGCUGAUCGCCAUGAUUCCCGGGGCGUUUGGAAGAUGUUCGACCAGUUCGAUGUCAGCUGAAAGUCAUAAGCAGCGCACUGUUUCGACGGAAGUUCAACAAGGAGCCAGCAAACCAAAUGAAGCAGCUCAAAACGUACGUGAAAUAUCAAACGCUGGCAUAAUGCCAUUGAUGGCUACGGCAAACGUUACUUCGAGCCAGAGCAACCAAGGUCAAUCGAGUCAGAAGCGUCAUGAUCAGGAUACUCAGUCGAUGGAAAGCCCAGAACAUGCACCACCGGCAAAUAAAAUCACCAGAAGUGUCGUUGGCGAUGACGUACAAAUGCAUUUCGAAGCCUUGUCUCGUCGAAUUAUCGAACUGGAAGAUGAAAAGAAUCGAUUGCAACAAGAGCUCAAAGUACAAAAGUCUGCAGCUGAUGCCUCAAUCGAAAUAUACAAACGAAAAGUUCGGAAAUUGGAACAACAACGUCUAUUCAUAACGGUGUGUGCCUUUUGCGGAGAACCCGCCGGUUCACCAUACUUUUGCAAUCAACGAUGCAAAAUGAACUAUGACCCAGCUGAAGAUGAAUGUCGCGACAACAACAGCAAUGAUGACGAUUAGAAAGACCACAGCGGUGAGGACAGCAAAAGAAUUUUAAAUUCUUCACAUCAAUUCCAGACAACGACUUCUAUUGAAUAUAGAUUUUGACCAAAAAAUAUUAUUUUCAAAAUCAAUCAGUUUCUCCUGGUGAUAACAUUAAAGCGAUGGCUAUUUGAAUAGAAUUUUUUUACUUUGAAACUACUUCGAUAUUUUUUAGAGAAUUUCUCAAAAAUUCUCAUCAAAAAUUGAGAAAUUCAGCAGAAUUAAACGUGUUUGAAUAGCAUAAUUCAAGAAGGAAGCGUUGUUCAAUCUGAUAUUAUGUGUUAUCUUACCUUUUUUUUACAAAUUGACCUAUUUCAAAUAGGAAAUUGUUACUACUCUUAUUCACAUGAUCCAAUGACUUAAUAAAAAUAUUCCUAAUAAA